GUGAUUUUAUGCAUUUCGGCACUAGCAUCAUUCUGCACUCUUCUAACCAGGUUCCCCUCUUCUAGUCAGAGCUUAAAUCAGUCUUUCAAUCAGUUACCACCUCAGUAUAUAGAGCAAAUUUAAACAGACGCAAGUCACAUUGAGUAAGUAUGGCAUCCCAGCGCAAGUUCACGACUAUGGAUGCAAAUGCUAACCUAGUGUCUCCAGGGAACGGGCACAAGGCGACAAGUCAGUACUGCAGCAACGGUAGCAGUCUCAUCAAUGGUUCUGAAUCUCCUCAUCCAUCCCAAGAUAGUGCAUCAUCAGCGGGUACAGUCAGGGUGUCAAUGGGCUCCCUGGCCCGUGUCAUGACCUGCAUCUUAGCUGGGGCCAUCUUCGGGCUGUCCAUGGAAAAGGGACGGGUAUUCGAACCAGAGCUGAUUCGUAGGCAGAUGGAUUUCAGCUGUUUGAUUAUGCUCAAGAUGUUCCUUGCAGCAGUCGCUGUGGUUCUAGUGUCUAUGACAGCCUUAUCGGUCAUAUCUUUGACCAGGCAGAGAUUCCACAUUGCAAGGGAUAACUUCAUCUGCCGCCUCAGUGCUAAGGGUGUGUCAGCUUCAGCCAUAGGCGGAACCCUUCUUGGUGUCGGGAUGACUUUUGCUGGCGCAUGUCCGGGUGCAGUGCUGGUGCAGAUUGGGGCAGGCGUGUGUAAUGCAUUUUACACCUUGGUUGGUAGCAUAAUAGGAGCAAUGCUCUACGGAGUGACAGAGAGAACAGUGUCAAGAUGGACACGGCCAAAUAAUCCGCCACAGAAAGUCCGAAUUGAUGAGGUCAUCGGACUCCCCUUCUGGAUGGUUGCUCUCCCUCUUGGUGUCGUCAUGGCAUUAAUUGUGUAUCUCCUUGAAGUGAUGGUACCCUGGAAAAAUGAACUUUCUGCACCUAAUAACAAUGAUGCUUCACUGGUAGCCUUACGAUCAUGGUUGCCAUCAAUCUCUGGGGCUCUUAUUGGCAGCAUGCAAAUCCCUAUUGUCCUAGCAAUGGGACAGACUAUGGGAGGGAGUGGAAGCUACUGCACUAUGGCCGCUCAGUUCUUCCCGUCAGAAACCCUUGCCAGAAUCUCUCCAUAUCUUCUGCGUACUAAGUAUGGGUUCAACAACUGGUGGUCGAUUGCAUAUGGAUGUGCUGCCAUUAUUGGAGCCAUAUUCUCUGCUUCAAUGUCUGGGUCACUUGGCACCACACUGGGGGUGCCUGCUCACCAUGCCUUUGUGGGGGGCAUUGUCAUGGUCUAUGGGUCUCGCCUAGCCGGAGGGUGCACAAGUGGUCAUGGGAUGUCUGGUAUGGGUACGCUUUGCCUCUUCUCCUUUGUAGCUGUUCCAGCUAUGUUUAUUGGUGGCAUUGGAACACUAGCCAUGAUCAAACUUACUGGACUGGUAAAUUAAACACAAUGAAUCCAUCGAAAUAACAACCAAUCCAAAGUAAAAGAUACAAAACCUCCAAUCAAAACCAUAUAUAUUUUUUUCUGCUUGUCUUGUGUAUCAAAUUUUGUUUAUCCACAUGAUUUUUUAGUUCAAUUUUAUUUGCCCUUGUUUAGCAGUUUUAUUGAUAAAUUAAUUAAUCGAUUUUUGAGCAAUAUAUACAUGUACACAGAAUAUAAAAUGACAUAAUCCACUUACACUAUGCAAAUUCCUUCCAAAUUACAGCAUAAACACUUUGAUCAAGAGUAGGAUUUAGAAUUAUUCAACAACUGACAAAUUGACAGCUUCUGAGUCAGAGAGACUAACUUUGUUGAGCCAAGUAACAAUAAUAAAGGUGUAACCAAAGCUUGUUUCCAGGGGUGAUCGAUCUCACCACACCCCUGGUUCAUUAGAAGGAGCCACAUUCUAGCACAUUUAAGCUCAAGUAUGGCAACUCAGCUAAAUGGCAUAAAGACCCCUCUCAAACCUUCUUUGACCUUGUGGUAUAUCUAGCUGUAAACAGUUUAAGAUCAUGUUGUAAAAAUAUUAAUCAUUUAAAAUGGAUCCACCUAAAAUACUUGCAAAAUGACACGUAGGAUACUAAGAGUCCUACAAGCGCCAUACAAGAGCUCAAAUGUUUUCAACAAGCAUUCAGCAAAGUAGUCAACCCUUGGUGAUCAGCGUUGUUUUUCAGUACAUCUCGACCAGGGGUUUAUAGAGACGAGAGGUAUCGAUGCAGUGCGCUGCCCGAGGUAAUGAGGCUGGGUUUUACCAUCUUCUGCUUUCAAAAAUCAAUGUCAAAUAAAUGUAACUAAAUCAAGUAGUCUGGCCUCCAUUUUGGUACUAUGAAAAAAACAUUGAAAGUACAGGGGAAAGACAAUUCUUGACUUCAACACGACACAGGUGAAUAGCAAAGAAACAGGCGACUAUUUCAUGGAGCUACUAUAAUAUGUUGUCCAUGUGUAAAGAACCGCAGAUCCAUAAGCUAACUAACUUCAGUACUAAUCUAUAAUAUACAUGUCAACAAACGAGCCAUAAUUUUAUAAAGACUUGUACACAAUGUAUAAACUUGCUGAGAACAAAACAAACUUGCUUAGCAGCAAUACAUGUACAGGUUAUGUGAGCCAAACUUUCCUAUGUGCAACACAAACAGGCAGUGAAAAUAAAUUACAGGUUAUACUUAAGUCAAUUCAUUUGUCAAAACUACCCAAGUUUAAUGUAAAAUUUACUUUAAUAUGUAAUUUUCAAGCUGUAACUUUUGUUAAGAAUGUUUUGAAAGAUUGUUGAAAUUCAGUUUUGAUCUCAGGAGGGUCUUUUUGAAAGGCAGUUUAAUGAUUUUGGACAAUUCUAAGUGGAAGUCAUUCCGGUGCGGUGCACUAAAUUCAAAAUUAUUAUGACUUGGAGUGAAAUAAGUGAUCAGGGACCAAUUUUUGUAUGAUUACAGAAUACUAUUUUUGGUAUAAAUUUAAUAUUUGCCCAGCUGGCUGGAAUUUCUAAAAAAGGAUAUUAAGGUACAAAAAGGAAAGAAAAGUAUUGAAUUAAGUAGAAUAACACAAUCAUGAGUAGCAAGUAGUACUGUUUAGGUAUGCAGAUUUAUUUGUAAUAAAAAAAUACAGUACAACGGAACCUGUUAACAAACCUACACAUUAAAUUGUGAUGAGUAGUAUCUGUAAAAUACUGCCAAAAUAGAUCGUAUGAAUCACAUGGUGGGGUGGGGAAGGGUGGAUUGGUUAUAAAAAUACUGCAUCACAUUCCAAGCUUCUACCCCUCACAAAACACAUUGAAACUAGUCUAUGACAAUUUACUAUAUUUAAAUACUAGGCUGGUGCUUUUACUUUUGCUUUACAAAUGUUGAAUGUUUUAUGCCUAGCAACUUAUUAGGUUUGUUUUUGGCUGCCAAGAUGUCUUGAACUAAAGGGCACUGUGGUUGUGAUCAUAGGGAGUCUUUGGCCAGACAUUAUCCUCUGAACUCUCACCCAGUUACUGCAUACACACACUGCGAUAAUAAUGACAGCACCCUUUAAACCUGGGUAAUUGGGUGAGAGGGCCUCUAUUGGUAAUUACGAGAAAUAAUUGUUCGCAUAAAAACUUACUUGGUAACAAGCAAUGGAGAGCUG